ACCUCAGACUGUUGACAUGUCUGCGUGUGGCUUCAGAUCAGAGGAACCUGGGCAUGUCGAUGCGAGUCGAGCGCUCGUCUCUGGAUCAGGUGAAGAAGCGCUUUGAGGCGAACAAGAAGAAGAUGGAGGAGAAGCAGAAGGAGUACGACUUCGAGGAGCGAAUGAAGGAGCUCAGAGAGGAGGAGGAGAAGGCGAAGGCGUAUAAGAAGGAGAAGCAGAAGCAGAGGAAGCGCCGGGCGGACGACGACGAUCUGGAGGAAGACGACGAGAUGGCCGCCGUGAUGGGAUUCUCCGGGUUCGGAUCCUCGAAGAAGAUCAAAUGAAGAUCCUGCCACGCUCUUAUUUUGGUAGUCCUGCUUCCUGUUGGAGAGGAAGUGAAGGCGAGACAAAAUAAUGGACCAAAAAAUAAAAGCGCGACACCUUCAGGGUCCUGCAGAUAAAACCGUAUCUGUCAGCUUCAGGAGGAGCUGCUCUUCACACAAACAAGUUGUUGUUGUUGUUGGUAAACAUGUAAAUAAAGUUAAUUCAAAGUCUUUUAGUUCCAAGAAUUUGAGUUUAAAACAGGUGGAUUAUUUAAGAACUGGAUAUCCGUGUCAACAUUGAACUCAUUUUAUUUUCAUCAUGUUCAGUUUGUCUGGGACAUUUUAAUAAACACGUGUUUUUUUUAACCA